AUGGGCAACACGCUCUCAUACAAUCUUCAACAGCACACCAUCGACCUCGGUACCCGCGGCAAGAUCACAGGUCUGCAGUACGACAACAAAGCCCGUCGCUAUGCCGCUGUGCCCUAUGCGCUGCCUCCAACAGGCGAACAUCGAUGGCGUAAACCUCGCCCUCUCCCGCCGUCAUUCACAUAUUCUCCUGCCUCCCAACCAUUCAACGCCACAGAGAUCCGCCCCCCUGCGGCCCAGGAAGACCGCGAAAUCGCCACGGGGCAAGUCAACUCUGCGAAUGACGGCGUAAAGGGCACAGAAGACUGCUUGUAUGUCAACAUUUGGACCCCUGUCCCUGCAGACGCAGCCGCGGCAACGAAAUGGCCAGUCAUGGUGUGGCUGCACGGCGGGUGGUUCCAGGUCGGCGACGCAUGCCACGAUGCAGGCAGCGAUCCGACAGAGCUGAUUUCCACGGGGGGCCUGAACGCGAUUGUCGGCACAGAAGACUGCUUGUAUGUCGACAUUGUGCCCCCUGUCCCUGCAGACGCAGCCGCGGCAACGAAAUGGCCAGUCAUGGUGUGGCUGCACGGCGGGUGGUUCCAGGUCGGCGACGCAUGCCACGAUGCAGGCAGCGAUCCGACAGAGCUGAUUUCCACGGGGGGCCUGAACGCGAUUGUCGUGGCAGUGAGCUACCGCCUCAAUGUAUUCGGCUUCCUGUCCUCGGGGGCCUUUUUGGAGGAGAGUGGCGGCGAGGUAGCCGGCAACUUUGGCCUAUGGGACCAAAGGCUCGCCCUGGAAUGGGUGCAUGAGAACAUUGCCGCGUUUGGGGGAGACGUGAACAAUGUAACGAUUGCGGGCCGGAGUGCGGGUGCAUACGGCGUUGAGGCGCAGAUUCUGCAUGACUUUCGACGGCACCAUGAUGAUUCAUGUGCGGGAAAGCUGUUCCACCGUGCGUGGAUGUCGUCGAACGCGAUUCCCGCGCAGCCAAAGACUGUCCAAGAGGCGCAAGCGCAGUUUGACGAAGUCUGUCGACACUUUGGUAUCUCACUUUCGUCGCCGCCGGCGCAGAAGCUCGCGCAGCUUCGGGGCAUAAGCGAAGCAGACCUCUUGCAAUGCAUCCGCCACUUGAAGAACCAUACCUUCCGCCCUGUGACGGACGACUUGUUCUUCCACGCCGACAUGGUUGAGUACAUACAGUCAGAGGCGUUCGCCAAGGCCUUUGAGUCGCGGGGGAUGAAGCUUCUCAUAGGGGAAGUUGCCAAUGAGGAGACGCUGUACGCGCAGUUCAAUGGGCCCACGGAACCUACUCUGGAGUCGCUGCGGCUCCAAGCGGCGAAUUACUACUCCCCUGCCGCGACUGCCAAGAUUCUAAGCCAGUAUUCGCUCCCAAAGACUGAUGACAUCGAGGAUUGGAAGGACGUGUUUGGUAGAAUCAUUGCGGAUGGACAAGUUAGAGCGUCGAGUAGGUAUUUGGUUGACGCGCUGAGCAGACAUGGUCUUACGACGAGGGAUAUUUGGCGGUAUCGAAUUGAUUAUAGAUUGAGCUUCAUCGACGAGACGGUUGCGCCGAUGGAGUACGGGGUUAGUCACGCCAUGGACGGGCCGUUGUGGAAUUAUUCUAUCAGUCAGCUUCCGACGGACGAGGAGCGCAAAAUGUUGGAUGCAUGGGUCAAGAUACUGGUUGCGUUUGUUGGUGGCGAUGAGGACUUUGACUUUGGCACAAGGACCAUCGACGAGGUCAAGGUCCUCACAAGUAAUAGGAAUAUUACGAUUGAGAAGGAUGUGAGAUAUAGCGAGCUUCGAGAGCUUGGUGCCACAUUCUCACAAAACUGA